CCCGUCUCAGGUGAUCUGCCUGCCUCAGCCUCCCAAAGUGCUGGGAUGACAGGCGUGAGCCACCGUGCCUGGCCAUUUGCUCUGAUCUUGUAUGGCAUCCGGGAGGACAAGUGUAGGAGACAGUUGGAAACCGAAGCCCUGAGCUGGGAGAUCCAUUUCGGUCUCUUCUCUGGAGAAGCUUAGAGGACCUCCCCACCCCCAAGGGUGAAAGGAGAGAAGAGUUCCAAGGACACCCUCCUUCCCAAAUGUCUGUCACUUUCCAUUUUCCUGCCUUGGUUCCCACUCCUCCCUCCUCUUGUCCAAAGGUGUCUAAGAGGGCCGGGCGCAGUGGCUCACGCCUGUAAUCCCAACACUUUGAGAGGCCAAGGCAGGUGGAUCACGAGGUCAGAGUUCAAGACCAGCCUGGCCAACAUGACAAAAUCCCGUCUCUACUAAAAUACAAAAAUUCGCUAGGCGUGGUGUCGCGUGCCUGUAAUCCCAGCUACUCGGGAGGCUGAGGCAGGAGAAUUGCUUGAAGAAGAAUUGCUUGAACCCGGGAGGCAGAGCUUGCAGUGAGCCGAGAUCGCACCACUGCACUCCAGCCUGGGUGACAGAGCAAGACUCCAUCUCAAAAAAAAAAAAAAAAAAAAAAAAAGUCUAAGAAUAAUCACGGACCACACCGACAUGUAAAUGCUCAAUGCUCACCUAGCCCUAAGCCAGUGGUCAAUGUGUCAAUGGAGGGACACUUGCCAAUGUUGGGAUAUCUGUGGUUGUCACAACUUGGAGGCGCUCCGGGCGUGGAGUGGGUGGAGGCCAGGGAUGCUGCUCAGCACCCUGCAGUGCCCAGGACGGCCCCACUCUAGAGAAAGAUCCAGCCUCAAAUGCCCACAGUGCUUCCUUGGUGCCUGUCCUAUUAUCUGUCUCAUUUAACAGUUGAGAAAUUGAGAGGGAGAAUUUCAGAGAGGGAAAGCGAUUAGCUCGAGGUCAAACAGCAAGGAUGAUAUAACCAAACUGAAUUCAAGUCCCUGUCGCCUGUCUGCUGGGUCGUUGCUCUGGAAGACCUCGUUUUUGUUUUUUUUGUUGUUGUUGUUUUUGUUUUAGUUUGUUUGUUUUUGUUGUUGUUUGUUUGUUUUGCAAUGGAGUCUCGCUCUGUCACCCAGGCUGGAGUGCAGUGAUGCGAUCUCAGCAUACUGCAACCUGUGCCUCCCGGGUUCAAGCGAUUCUCCUGCCUCACUUCCUGAGUAGCUGAGAUUACAGGCACCCGCUACCACACCUGGCUAAUUUUUGCAUUUUUAGUAGAGACGAAGUUUCACUAUGUUGGCCAAGCUGUUCUCGAACUCCUGACCUCAGGUGAUCUGCCCGCCUCGGCCUCCCAAAAUGUUGGGAUUACAGUCGUGAGCCACCGCGCCUGGCCUCCAGGGCUCCUAAAAUGCCAACUACCUGUGCUCCCAGAGUCUCCAGGCCUGCGAAUGCUGCAUGGCAUCCAGUAGGCGCUCAAUAAAUGCUUACUGCGUGAAGAAGCAUCUCCCCCAAGUGUUCAUCUGAUGCAUGUUUGUGGAGCACCUGCCAUGGGCCAGGCAGUGGGGACGCUGCAGUGACAGAAAGGAACCCAAGGCCCCUCCUCUACCGGAGGAGCCGCGGGUCCCAGGAGUGGCAGAAAUUGACCGGAAAUGGCUAGAGAAUGUCAGAGCUGCGCCGGGACCAGCUAGCUCUUUCUGUGAGGAACGAGUCACAGUUUUAUUGUGCGCUUACUGUAUGCUAGGCACUGGUCGACUGAGUGCUGCGCAGGUAGUACCUUGGAAUCCUCCCGGUAACCCUCUGUAGUAGGAACUAUUUAUUAUGAAACCCAUUUUACAGAGGAGGAAGGUGAAGUCCAAAAUAGGUAAGUCUGUUGGCCCAGUCAUAUAGGUAGGAAAGGCUGGGGCAGGGGCGGGGUGCUGGAUUCAAAUUCAGGUGUGUAGGAUUGCAGCUCCCCAUUGGCGAAUGAAUGAAUGAAUGAACGAAUGACUGAAUGAAUGAAUGGGUGAGCCAAUGAGUGAAUGAAUGAACGAAUGGGCGUGCCAAUGAAUAAGCAAAUGAGUGUGGGAAUGAAUGAAUGAAUGGUGCGGGAAUGAACAAAUGAAUGAAUGGGUGGUGAACAAAUGAAUGGGUGAGUGAACUAAUGAAUGGAUGAGCCAACAAAUGGAUGAACAAAUGAGUGAGUGAAUGAAUGCAGGAAUGAGUGAAUGCAGGAAGGAAUGGUGUGAGAAUGAAUAAAUGAAUGAGUCAUAUAAGAAUGAACGAAUGAACAAAUGGGUGAGGCCAAUGAAUGAAUGAAAAGGUGAGCAAAUAAACAAAUGGGUGAACGAAUGAACGAGUGAAUGAACGAAUGAAUAAGUGAAUGAACGAAUGGGUGAGCCCGUGAAUGAAUGAACGAGUGGGUGAAUGAAUGAAUGAGUGAAUGAAUGAAAGAGUGAGCAAAUAAACAAAUGGGUGGAGGAAUGAACGAGUGAAUGAACGAAUGAAUAAGUGAAUGAAUGAAUGGGUGAGUGAAUUAAUGCAUGAAAGGGUGAGCAAAUAAAUGAGUGAAGGAAUGAACAAGUGGGUGAAGGAAUGAACGAGUGGGUGAACGAAUGAACGAGUGGGUGAACGAAUGAACGAGUGGGUGAAUGAACGAGUGAAUGAACUAAUGAAUAAGUGAAUGAACUAAUGAAUAAGUGAAUGAACGAAUGGGUGAGUGAACGAAUGAAUGGGCGGGCCGGUGAAUGAAUGAAAGAAUGGGCGAACGAAUGAAUGAGUGAAUGAAUGAAAGUGUGAGUGGCGAGAGCCCUGCCGGCCGCGUGGCGGUGAGAGGCUGCGGACGUCGCGGGCCCGGAGGCACCUGCGCGCCCUUGGCCGACUCGGAGGAGGCGGAGAUGGACGCCCGCGGGUCCCCUGGAGAUGCAGCUGGCGGCCUGCGCUGGUGAGGGAGCCGGGCCCCCGGCGCCGCGUCCUCCUCAUCCUCUAGGCGACAAGCUGCGGUUCAGCCCCACUGACCUUGGCUCCUGCCCGCCCUGCGGCCCCUGCCCCAUCCCGAAGCCGGCAGCCAGAGGCAGGCGCCAGAGUCAAGACUGGGGCAAGAGUGACGAGAGGCUGCUACAAGCCGUGGAAAACAACGAUGCACCUCGGGUGGCCGCCCUCAUCGCCCGCAAGGGGCUGGUGCCCACGAAGCUAGACCCCGAGGGCAAGUCCGCGUUCCACCUGGCGGCCAUGCGGGGUGCGGCCAGCUGUCUGGAGGUGAUGAUAGCUCAUGGCACCAAUGUCAUGAGCACGGAUGGGGCAGGUUACAAUGCCCUCCACCUGGCGGCCAAAUACGGGCACCCACAGUGCUUGAAGCAACUACUGCAGGCUUCCUGCGUUGUGGACGUCGUGGACAGCAGCGGGUGGACUGCCCUACACCAUGCAGCGGCUGGUGGCUGUCUCUCCUGCUCAGAGGUGCUCUGCUCCUUUAAGGCACAUCUAAACCCCCAAGAUCGGUCAGGCGCAACACCCCUCAUUAUAGCAGCUCAGAUGUGUCACACAGACCUGUGCCGUCUCCUACUGCAGCAAGGGGCUGCCGCGAACGAUCAGGACCUGCAAGGCAGGACGGCCCUGAUGCUGGCCUGUGAGGGGGCCAGCCCCGAAACAGUGGAGGUCCUGCUGCAGGGCGGAGCCCAGCCGGGCAUCACCGAUGCGCUGGGGCAGGACGCGGCUCACUAUGGCGCCCUGGCGGGGGACAAACUCAUCCUGCACCUUCUGCAAGAGGCGGCCCAGCGCCCGUCCCCACCCAGUGCCCUCACAGAGGAUGACUCAGGCGAGGCGUCAUCUCAGAACUCUAUAUCCAGCCAUGGAAAGCAGGGGGUCCCCAAGAAGCGGAAGGCGCCUCCACCUCCCACCAGCAUCCCCAUGCCGGAUGAUCGAGAUGCCUAUGAGGAGAUCGUGAGGCUGCGGCAGGAGAGGGGCCGCCUCCUGCAGAAGAUCCGGGGCCUGGAACAGCACAAGGAACAGAGGCAGCAGGAGUCCCCGGAGGCCAGCUCCCUGCACAGCCUGGAGAGACAGGUGCAAGAGCUACAGCAGCUGCUGGUGGAGAGACAAGAGGAGAAGGAGAGCCUGGGACGGGAGGUGGAGAGUUUGCAGAGCCGGCUGUCCCUGCUGGAGAACGAGCGGGAGAAUACUAGCUAUGAUGUGACCACCCUGCAGGAUGAGGAGGGUGAGCUGCCUGACUUUCCAGGGGCCGAGGUGCUGCUGUCCAGACAACUCAGCCCGUCGGCCCAGGAACGCCUGGCCUCGCUGCAGGAACAGGUGGCUGUGCUCACCAGACAGAAUCAGGAACUGAUGGAGAAGGUCCAGAUCCUGGAGAACUUUGAGAAGGACGAGACACAGAUGGAAGUGGAAGCUUCGGCAGAGGUCAUCCCUCUUGCUCUCUAUGACUCUCUCCGGGCUGAGUUUGACCAGCUGCGCAGGCAGCACGCUGAGGCCCUGCAGGCCCUGAGGCAGCAGGAGACACGAGAGGUCCCCAGAGAAGAGGGGGCAGCCUGUGGGGAGAGUGAGGGUGCUGGAGCCAUGGCCACCAAAAAUGGGCCAACCCACAUGGAGCUAAAUGGCUCAGUGGCUCCAGAAACCAAAGUUAACGGAGCCGAGACCAUAGAUGAGGAGGCUGCAGGAGAUGAAACCAUGGAAGCCAGGACUAUGGAAGCCAUGUCCACGGGAGCCAAGGCCACGGGAGCUGAGGCCACAGGAGCCAAGGGCACACAAACAAAACCCACAGGGGCUGAGGUCAGAGAAAUGGAGACCAUAGAAGAGGAAGCAAACAUGGAGACUAAGCCCACAGGAGCUCAGGCCACAGACACAGAGGCCACGGGAGUGGAGGCCACGAAAACAAAAGCAGAGGAAGCAGAAAUGCAGGCCUAUGGAGUGGGUGCUGGGCAAGCGGAGCCCCCAGUCACAGGGACCACAAACAUGGAGGCCACGGGUUCUAGGGCCACAGGGGUGGAAGCCACAGGAGUCAGUGCCACAGGUGUGGAGAACCCAGGGGUAGAGGCCACGGUCCCGGGGAUCUCUGCUGGCCCCAUCCUACAUCCUGGUGCCGCAGAGGCCUCGGAAAAGCUUCAAGUAGAGCUGGAGACCAGGAUCCGUGGCUUGGAGGAGGCGCUCCGGCAGCGAGAGCGGGAGGCAGCUGCGGAGCUGGAGGCGGCCCUGGGGAAGUGCGAGGCCGCGGAGGCCGAGGCGGGCCGGCUGCGAGAGCGUGUCCGCGAGGCCGAGGGCAGCGGGGCCAGCGGGGGCGGUGGCGGUGACACCACACAGCUGCGGGCGGCCCUGGAGCAGGCCCGGGAGGACCUCCAAGACCGGGACUCCCGCCUGCGGGAGCUGGAGGCGGCCUCGGCCUGCCUGGAUGAGGCUCGGGCCAGCCGGCUGCUGGCCGAGGAGGAGGCCCGGGGCCUGCGGGCCGAGCUGGCCCAGCGGGAGGAGGCGCGGCUAGAGCAGAGCCGGGAGCUGGAGGUUCUGCGGGAGCAGCUGGCCACGGCCAGGGCCACGGGAGAGCAGCAGCGCACGGCGGCCGCGGAACUGGGCCGGGCACGGGACGCCGCCGAGGCCCGAGUGGCUGAGCUGGCUGCGGCCUGCGAGGAGGCGCGACAGGGCCUGGCCGAGCUGCGGGAGGCCUCCGAGGCCCUCCGCCAGUCCGUGGUGCCGGCCUCUGAGCACCGCCGGCUGCAGGAGGAGGCCCUGGAGCUGCGGGGCCGGGCGGCCAGUCUGGAGCAGGAGGUGGUGGCCACGGGCAAGGAGGCCGCCCGGCUGCGCGCGGAGCUGGAGCGGGAGCGUGUGUGCAGCGUGGCGCUCUCGGAGCACGAACGCAUCGUGGGCACCCUGCAGGCCAACGUGGCCCAGCUGGAGGGGCAGCUGGAGGAGCUGGGACGGCGGCAUGAGAAGACCAGCGCAGAGGUCUUCCAGGUGCAGCGUGAGGCCCUGUUCAUGAAGAGUGAGCGACACGCAGCCGAGGCACAGCUGGCCACAGCAGAGCAGCAGCUACGGGGGCUACGGACCGAGGCGGAAAGGGCUCGCCAGGCCCAGAGCCGGGCCCAGGAGGCUCUGGACAAGGCCAAGGAGAAGGACAAGAAGAUCACAGAACUCUCCAAAGAAGUCUUCAAUCUUAAGGAGGCCUUGAAGGAGCAGCCAGCCUCCCUGGCCACCCCUGAGGUGGAGGCCCUCCGUGACCAGGUGAAGGAUUUACAGCAGCAGCUGCAGGAAGCUGCCAGGGACCACUCCAGCGUGGUGGCUUUGUACAGAAGCCACCUCCUAUAUGCCAUUCAGGGCCAGAUGGAUGAAGAUGUGCAGCGGAUUCUCAGCCAGAUUCUGCAGAUGCAGAGACUCCAGGCUCAGGGCCGCUGAGAAAGGCCAGGCCUAGUGGCUACACUGACCACACCCACGCGGGGACCUCACCCCCUGCAGGCCCCUUGCAGACCAGCUUCACUUGGCUUCACUUGGCCCUAUCCAGGCCCAUGCACUUGGAGACCAGCCUGGGUCCCUGCCCGACCAUCCCCAGCUGGCUCCAUCACCCCAUCUGGUCUCUGCACGCACACACUGGUCAGUCUGGACACGGGGCGUGACUGCCCCUCCCCCACCACCGGAGAAUCUGUGAGUCCCUGUGUCCUCCACAUCCAGACGCCAGCCCAGGAAUAAAGGCAUUCUGUGCGCAGGA